CUCAUAUCUCUAGAUAUCACUGAAUUCCUUCCAUAGAUACACACAUAUCCAUUGUUGUUCCCAAUAUUUGUUCCACCUCAGCACCCAUUUCCCACAAAGCCUUCGCCAUGGCAGACCACCUUCAAGUUCAACAUCAUCAACAACAAUUGAAUCUGCCACCAGGGUUCAGGUUUCAACCGACGGACGUGGAGAUCAUCACCUUCUACUUGGUCCCCAAGGUGCUGAAGAAAGUCUUCGACACCACGGUGGUCAAGGAGGUGGACCUGAACAAAUGUGAGCCAUGGGAUCUCCUAAAGAAGGUAAACAUGGGGGAGAAGGGGCGAUACUUCUUCUCCCAGAAGGGUCUCAAGUACUCCACCGGGAUACGGACCAACCGGGCCACGAAGGCCGGUUAUUGGAAGGCCACCGGAAAGGACAAGGAGAUCAUCCACCCACUGACCAUGAGUAUCAUCGGCAUGAAGAAGACGCUCGUAUUCUACAAGGGAAGGGCCCCCAAGGGGGAGAAGACAAACUGGAUCAUGCACGAGUACAGACUCAAGAGCGGUAAGCAACCCACACCCGGCCUGCCCGCUGACAUCGCCAAAGCCACCACCAUUAAUGCAUCUUCCAAGGGGGAGUAUGUGGUUUGUAGAAUCUUCCAUAAAAGCACUGGACUGAAGAAGGUGAUGAUGCCAUCAUAUGACAUGUCCAUUCCCAUGUCCAUGGGGCAAGAGAAACAACAGAGCUUUCUCAAAUCUAGUACAUUGAUUCCUCUCAUGGACUAUGACAUGUUGUCUUCAUUGGCACCACCGCCUCCGUUGCCUGAAACUUCUUUGUACCAGAUGCAUACCUUCGAGGCCGGAUCGUUUGCGAUGGGCCGUGUGGUACUUCCGAUGAUGAACAACCACUACUUUGGUAACCACUACCAACAAAUGAUGGCCUCACCACAGUCAUCGAUGUCAUCCUACAACCACCACCAGCAACAGCAGAUGAUGGAGAUGAGUGUAGACCAGGGCUUCAUGGUUGGAGUCGAUCCUGGGUAUGGUUCAUCGUCCAUAGUGUCUCAUGAGGACGUUGUGACCUGGUUGAGCAACAACAACCAGGGUAACGGUGGCAUAGCAACCUCCGGCGAGAUCUUGUCAAUGAACAUGGGCAUGGAUGGCAUGUGGAAGUAUUGACGAUCAUAUGACUCGCGAGAACAUAUACAUGUGUGCAUGCAUAAAAUAAUCAUCCACCAGAAGAUCGGUUGAUAUAUACCAACAUCUGUAUUGGUUUGCGCCGCAUUUCAUUUUUCAGCAUGAUCACAAGAGAGUUUGUAUGCAUUGUCUUGCUUGGCAUGCCUCUCUUGUGCUAGUAUUGUCUGUAUGUGUACUGCCAUGUGUAUGCACCACCCGCCGGUGUAUACCUAGCUACAUUUCCAUGUUGUAAAAUACCUAUCAGUGUGUACAUCAAGCAUGUUUUUAUCGUCU